GCAAGAUUCUAAGCCUUCGUGUGCCAAUAAACCGGGUUCCUGACCUGUGCUGGCAAAUGCAAGCCUGAAGAGGCAGGCACCACUCGGCCCUUUUCCACCCAGGUCUCCUGGGCCCCACCUUCAGCCAAAGGACAUGAGCGGGGCGCCCCCAAAUGGCCAAGAGUGGAUGGGAAGCGGCAGGGUGAUUAGGAGCCUUACACUAAAGCGAUGGGUGGGGGCAGAGGCAGGGGUGAGAAAAGGCGGGGAGUUCCAGGUCCCGCCCCGGAGCAGACUUCCUGGCAGACACCAGAUGCCCUGGGUGAGCGGCAGCCGCUGUGAACGGCUGAGCCAUGGGGUGCACGCGUGACGCCAUCCUGGAUGCACUGGAGAACCUGACAGCCGACGAGCUCAAGAAGUUUAAGAUGAAGCUGCUCUCAGUGCCACUGCGUGAAGGAUAUGGGCGCAUCCCACGGGGGACGCUGCUGCCCCUGGAUGCCAUCGACCUCACUGACAAGCUCGUCAACUACUACCUGGAGGAGUACAGCGCUGAGCUCACAGCGCUUGUGCUGCGUGACAUCGGCAUGAAGGAGGUGGCGGAGCAGCUGCAGAAGACCCUGCACAAGGGCCCUGGAGCCAAGCCAGCUGGAAUCAAAGCCCUUCCCCUGAAAGCAGACAACAAACCAGCACUGCACUUCGUGGACCAGCAUCGGGCAGCCCUCAUCUCAAGGGUCACAGACGUGGACGGGCUGCUGGAUGCCCUGUACGGGAAGGUGCUGACGGAAGAGCAGUACCAGGCAGUGCGGGCGGAGCACACCAACCCCACCAAAAUGAGGAGGCUCUUCAGCUUCACUCCGGCCUGGAACCUGACCUGCAAGGACCUGCUCCUUCAGGCCCUGAAGGACACCCAGCCCUACCUGGUGGCCGACCUGGAGCAGAGCUGACUCGGCUUCCCCAGCAGCGGCCCCACCUACAACCCCUGGUAGUUCUGGCCAACUUACCUGGAGUCUCUGAUCUUGUAUACAUAAUAUAUGAAAAACCAGCUUGGA